AUGGUCAUCCGGCAAGACCCCUUCAGCAUGACUCUCGACGCCAACGCUCUCCUGGCCGGGUCCCUCUUCCUCCUCAUGGGGAUGCACUUUGUCCCACGCCUCUUGCUCGAGUCCUGCAUCCUCGCUGUGCCCCUCCUCUUCCUCAUCCGAAACGACUACCAGAACUUCCUUCGCCUCGGGCCCGGCGGCACCCCACCCACCCUCGCCGGCUACGCCCGCCUGGCCUGGUUCCGCCUCUUUGCCCUGCGUGACCCCUUCUCGCCACCACCCCGUCGAGUAGCGGCCACCACCACCAUCUCUCGCCCUGCCGCCGGCGUCCUCACACCACAGAACCUCCCCUACCGCUCCGGCCCCCGCCCCACCGUCGCCGGCCUCGCUCCGCAGCGCCAGCUCAACCAGCACGGCUCCCCCACCACCAUAGCCUCCCUCCGCGCUGCGCUGACCCGCCUCGCCAAGCUGCACCCUUCUCGCUUCGGCACCGCGACCAGCUGUAUCGAGAAGCACGGCUUCGCCCUCUUCGCGCGGCACCCUGUCAGCGAGCACGUCUGCGGCAACGGCGAGGUCUGCCACAUCCACAGUUCCGACCGGAGCAUGCACAUGAACCUGCACCCAGACGACAUCGCCGAGGUCCUGGCCAAGGGCUGGGCCGAGAGACACCCGCUGGCCUUUGGCGCCCAUAGGAAGUGGUGGGAGCCCAGAAGCCCGCUGCCCGAGACGUUUGUGCUCGUGUACUCGCCAAGGGAUGAGAGCGACCUUCGCGUGGUCUGCAAGAUCAUCGAGGCCGCCAUUUGGUAUACUGUUGAGGAACGCGUUGACAUCGAUGCCGAAUAA